CGUCGUCCGACCACGCCUCGCACCACUUUUCUUGUUCCAGACCACCCGCGCGGCUUAUCCGUGCCAUGUCCCCAACGAUCCUAUCGAGAUAUGCUUUGUCGCACGCAGGCUCAUCAGUAGCCCGAGCCGGCCGUCUUCUCCUCAAGCCGCGAUGCAUGUCGACUUCAGCGGACACCCCGCUCAGGAAGACCGGCUUGUAUGAUUUUCAUGUCGAGAAUGGCGCGAGAAUGGUUCCCUUCGCUGGGUACUCCAUGCCGCUCUCUUACGGUACCCUAGGGGCAGUUGCAAGCCACCAUCAUGUUCGCAAGUCUGUCGGACUGUUCGAUGUCGGGCACAUGGUGCAGUCAAAUUUCCGCGGGCCAACUGCAACCGCGUUCCUCGAAUGGCUCACACCCUCAUCCCUAAAAUUUCUUUCCCCUUAUACCUCCACUCUCUCCGUGCUACUCAACGAGCGCGGAGGUAUCAUUGACGAUACCGUGAUCACUAAACAUGCCGAGGACGCAUUCUACGUUGUCACCAACGCCGGACGCCGCGACCGCGACCUCGCCUGGUUCAAGGAGAAGCUGGAAGAAUGGAAUGCUGGGGAGAAGGCAAAGGCAGAGGGAAAAGUGGAGCAUGAAGUGCUGGAGGAUUGGGGCCUGCUCGCGCUUCAAGGGCCAGAGGCGGCGCAGUACUUGCAGGGUUUGACGUCGUUUGACCUACGCGAACUCACGUUCGGGCGAAGCGCGUUUGUCCCGAUUGAAGGCUUUAACCUACACGUUGCGCGAGGCGGAUACACAGGCGAAGAUGGUUUCGAGAUUUCGAUCCCGCCUUCGCAGACGGUUGAGGUUGCACAGCUUCUCUCGAAGCCACCCGUUCAGCUCACUGGCCUUGGUGCGCGAGAUAGUCUGCGACUUGAGGCCGGUAUGUGCUUGUAUGGGCAGGAUCUCGACGAAGACACAACGCCCGUCGAAGCCGGCUUGACAUGGGUCAUCGGCAAGGAACGCCGGGAAAAUGGCGAGUUCAUCGGCGCGGAGGGUGUGAGGAAACACUUGAAAGAGGGUCCUCCAAGAAGGCGAGUUGGUAUGAUAGUCGAGGGUGCUCCUGCGCGGCAGGGCGCAAGGAUAUUUGCGCCAUCGAGCAAUGAGCAAAUCGGUUCUGUAACAUCUGGCAUUCCCUCGCCUUCGCUUGGAAAGAACAUCGCGAUGGGCUACGUCAAGAGCGGAUGGCAUAAGAAGGGUACGGAAGUCGAGGUGGACGUCAGAAAUAAGCUUCAGAAAGCAGUUCUGAGGACAAUGCCGUUUGUUCCGGCAAGGUACUAUCGGGGCUAAGGGGCGUCGGCGACGAGUGGCGAAUGUUCAGAUGGAUGAUAUAAACUGUCAAGGUUUACAAACAAUCGCUAAAGCGAGUAACCAGUCAGGCUUUAGCGUGGGAUAGUAUACAUGAUCCACACAAUGUCAUAGGCACCGACCUAGUAGAUGUCGUGCACACAGGGAAACGUAGCUUAUAUGCC